AAAGGACCACCCACCCAUCGUCUAUCUUGUGGCCAGUCACCAUACACUGAGACAACAUCAUGGGAGAGGAAGUACUGCAUCCUUACAGACAGUCAGUUAGUGCUGCUCAAUAAGGAGAAGGAGAUACCUGUGGAAGGACAGGAGCAGCAGACAGAUUCCACCAAAGGGCGAUGCCUGAGAAGAACUGUCAGUGUCCCUUCAGAGGGUCAGUUUCCGGAGUACCCACCAGAGGGCACCGCUAAACUAGAGGUGCCAGCAGAAAGGUCCCCCCGCAGACGGAGUAUAUCAGGGACCAGCACAUCAGAGAAACCCAACUCCAUGGACACUGCGAAUACCUCCCCUUUCAAAGUCCCGGGGUUCUUCAGCAAGCGCCUGAAAGGUUCCAUCAAGAGGACCAAAAGCCAGUCGAAGCUUGACAGAAACACAAGCUUUCGACUUCCAUCCCUUCGAAAUGCAGAUGACAGGUCUCGUGGUCUGCCUAAACUGAAAGAGUCUCGUUCACACGAGUCCCUGCUGAGCCCGUGCAGUGCAGUGGAAUGUCUAGACCUUGGUAGAGGGGAGCCAGUGGCAGUGAAACCACUCCAUAGUAGCAUCCUUGGACAAGACUUCUGCUUUGAGGUCACCUACUUAAGUGGAAGUAAAUGCUUUAGCUGUAACUCUGCCUCAGAGAGAGAUAAGUGGAUGGAAAACCUUCGAAGGACAGUUCAGCCAAAUAAGGACAAUUGUAGACGAGCUGAAAAUGUUCUUCGUUUAUGGAUCAUUGAAGCCAAGGACCUUGCCCCUAAAAAAAAAUAUUUCUGCGAACUGUGCCUUGAUGAUACCCUCUUUGCUCGUACAACCAGCAAGACCAAAGCAGACAAUAUUUUCUGGGGUGAACAUUUUGAAUUCUAUAGCCUUCCACCUCUUCAUAGCAUCACAGUUCACAUUUAUAAGGAUGUGGAAAAAAAGAAAAAAAAGGACAAGAAUAAUUAUGUAGGGCUAGUCAACAUCCCCACUGCCAGUGUGACUGGUCGCCAGUUUGUAGAAAAGUGGUACCCCGUGAGUACACCCACACCCAACAAGGGAAAGACAGGAGGACCUUCUAUCCGGAUUAAGUCACGUUUCCAAACUAUCACCAUUCUGCCUAUGGAACAAUACAAAGAAUUUGCAGAAUUCAUCACCAGCAACUACACCAUGCUGUGUUCUGUCCUUGAGCCAGUAAUUAGUGUGAGGAAUAAAGAGGAAUUGGCUUGUGCCUUAGUACACAUUCUUCAAAGUACUGGCAGAGCCAAGGAUUUUUUGACUGACUUGGUGAUGUCAGAGGUGGAUCGUUGUGGAGAGCAUGAUGUCUUGAUCUUCAGAGAAAACACCAUUGCCACUAAAUCCAUUGAGGAAUACCUCAAGUUGGUGGGACAGCAGUACCUUCAUGAUGCGCUGGGGGAAUUCAUCAAAGCAUUGUAUGAAUCAGAUGAGAACUGUGAAGUGGACCCCAGCAAGUGUUCCUCUAGUGAGCUAAUGGAUCAUCAGAGCAACCUGAAAAUGUGCUGUGAGUUGGCUUUCUGCAAGAUCAUCAAUUCUUACUGUGUCUUCCCUCGUGAGUUGAAAGAAGUGUUUGCAUCAUGGAAGCAGCAGUGCCUGAACCGAGGCAAGCAAGACAUCAGUGAGCGGCUCAUUAGUGCCUCAUUGUUUCUCCGUUUUCUUUGCCCAGCCAUUAUGUCUCCCAGUCUUUUCAACCUGAUGCAGGAGUAUCCUGAUGACCGUACAUCUCGGACGCUAACUCUUAUUGCCAAGGUCAUUCAGAACCUGGCCAACUUUGCCAAGUUUGGUAACAAAGAGGAAUACAUGGCAUUCAUGAAUGAUUUUUUAGAACAUGAAUGGGGUGGAAUGAAGCGGUUCCUUUUGGAGAUCUCUAAUCCAGACACCAUCUCAAACACCCCAGGCUUUGAUGGUUACAUUGAUCUGGGCAGAGAGCUGUCAGUUUUGCAUUCCUUACUAUGGGAAGUAGUUUCCCAACUUGAUAAGGCAACUGUGGCAAAAUUGGGGCCUCUCCCUCGUGUUCUUGCUGAUAUUACCAAGUCUCUGACUAACCCUACGCCAAUACAGCAGCAACUGAGACGCUUCGCUGAACACAGCUCCAGUCCAAAUGUCAGUGGAAGCCUCUCCUCUGGGCUGCAGAAAAUUUUUGAAGACCCCACUGACAGUGAUUUGCACAAACUAAAAUCUCCAAGCCAGGAUAACACAGACAGCUAUUUCAGAGGGAAAACAUUAUUGUUGGUUCAGCAAGCCUCCUCCCAGAGCAUGACUUACUCUGAAAAGGAUGAAAAGGAAAGCAGCCUUCCUAACGGUCGGAGCAUCUCCCUCAUGGACCUUCAGGACACUCAUGCUUCUCAAGUGGAGCAUGCAUCUGUCAUGCUUGAUGUGCCUAUGCGCCUCACAGGGAGUCAGCUUUCUAUAACCCAGGUGGCUAGCAUCAAACAACUUCGGGAAACCCAGAGCACUCCCCAGAGUGCACCUCAAGUGAGAAGACCCCUGCAUCCAGCCUUGAGCCAGCCAGGAAAUCUCCAGCCCUUGUCAUUCCAGAAUCCUGUCUAUCACCUCAAUAACCCAGUUCCAGCAAUGCCAAAGGCCUCUGUAGAUUCCAGUUUGGAGAACCUAAGCACUGCCAGUUCUAGAAGCCAAAGCAAUAGUGAAGACUUCAAACUCAGUGGACCCAGCAAUAGCAGCAUGGAAGAUUUCACCAAAAGAAGUUCGCACAGUGAAGACUUUUCCAGGCGGCACACUGUACCAGACAGACACAUACCUCUGGCUCUGCCACGACAAAAUAGUACUGGGCAGUCCCAAAUCCGAAAAAUGGACCAGGCUGGGUUAGGUGCCCGAGCCAAAGCACCCCCAUCCCUGCCACACAGUGCUUCUUUACGGAGCACAGGGAGCAUGUCGGUGGCAUCUGCGGCCCUGAUGGCUGAACCUGUGCAGAAUGGGAGCAGAUCCAGGCAGCAGUCCUCCUCCUCCAGAGAAAGCCCUGUUCCCAAAGUGAGAGCCAUCCAGAGACAGCAAACACAACAGGUUCAAUCACCUGUGGACUCGGCCACAAUGUCCCCAGUAGAAAGGACAGCAGCCUGGGUUCUGAACAAUGGACAGUAUGAAGAGGAUGUGGAAGAAUCUGAACAGAAUCAAGACGAAGCCAAGCAUGCUGAGAAGUAUGAACAAGAAAUUAGCAAACUGAAGGAGCGCCUGCGAGUGUCCAGCCGGAGGCUGGAGGAGUACGAGCGCCGGCUGCUGGUACAGGAGCAGCAGAUGCAGAAGCUGCUGCUGGAGUACAAGGCCCGGCUGGAGGACAGUGAGGAGCGGCUGCGCAGACAGCAGGAGGAGAAGGACAGCCAGAUGAAAAGCAUCAUCAGCAGGCUAAUGGCUGUGGAAGAGGAAUUAAAGAAGGAUCAUGCUGAGAUGCAAGCAGUUAUUGAUGCAAAGCAGAAAAUAAUUGAUGCACAGGAAAAGCGGAUCGUGUCUCUGGAUUCAGCCAACACUAGACUGAUGAGUGCGCUGACGCAAGUGAAGGAACGGUACAGCACGCAGAUCCGCAAUGGCAUCUCUCCCCCCAACCCCACCAAGCUUUCCAUCACAGAGAAUGGUGAAUUCAAAAACAGCAGCUGCUGAGGGAGGGCCUUGCUGAAUGCAGGCUCUGGGAGGAGACAGAAGGAGGUUGCCCAGCUCUCCUGUCCUCAUCCGUUUACCCCUCCAGGUUUACAGAAUGUUGCUUCAAAUGGCAAUGUGGUGAGAAACUCUUAAAUGAAGAAAGGAACCUUGUCUUUCAGGGCAUAAAGCAAAGACUUUCAAGGUCAAUGCUUUCCCCAGUGUCUCUAUGUACAUAGGGAACUUAGUUCUGGGCCAUGUACAGAAAUAUCACUGUAAUAUACCAAAAGGAAGUCAAUAAUGUAGAUUACCUUUUUAAUUAUUACUAUUUUAUUAUUGUUUUUCUCUUGUUGAAAGCACUGCAGUUGUUAGUGGAGGAAAAGUAGGAGCAAAGUGUGAGUGAGAAAUGAGCCUGUUGGUUCAGUAGGUAGAGACUCUACGUAUUGAAUAGGAGUACAUGGAGUGCAAUAGGACCUUGUCAGAUUUUUUUUUUUUUUCGGGGAUUUAUCUGCCAGUUUAAAAGCCCCACCCUAGAUCCAUACUGAUGCCACUAGUCAACCAAGAUGGUUCUAUCAGACAGUAAUGUGAUUCGGAGAGUUGCUGUUUCAGAGGACACAGAUAAAAGUGGUAGAUUAUACCAAAACUAGACUAGAAAUUUUAUUUCUUUUAACUCCUAUCAGCAUGUUUAUUUACUCCAUCUGCAGCAGUGGGAGUUUUCUCUUUUAGAUAUGAGACUUUUUGAUUUUUACUCCUACUCUUUUUUUCUCUUUAGAAUUGACAGAACUAUAAAUAUUUGUGUCUCUGUCUACCAUCUCCACUUUCACAUGUCCAUUGCCCUUUUCUCCCCAUCCUGGGAGUGGUCAGCACCAACAGGGCUUCCUCUCCGCUGGAGAGCUCAUUCAAGUAUGCCACUCGUAAGCCAUCUGAAUAAACACCCUUUCUUCCUCACAGAAAAGGGCUAACUACAACAGAGCAGGAAUCUCUCACUAUUUCCCACUAAAUUUUUUCUUCCUAUUUGUCAGUUGUAUUUUUCCUUAGGAGAAAGAUUUUUAUCCACUAUACUAACAAAUCUGUGGGCAGGGUGAUUUCAUCACUACCUUUAAGAUUUAAGUUGCUUCUCUUUCUAUUUAUCCUCUCCAUAAAAUUUGGGAAGCUGUCUAAAACUGAAUAAUCUCCCUUUAAAAAUCAUGAUUAAUCUUGAUAGAGAGAACCAGAGUAUGAGGAUGGCACAUUCCAGUUGUUAUUCCACAUUCAUGGUAGACUCUGCAAGAAUGACCCAGCUUAUCGUUAAUGGCUUUAAGAAAAUUCAUGUUUUUCUCCAGAGUGUGACAUAUCUGCAAUGCAGGCUUGAUUGCCAGAGGUAUGGAAAGUUAGCUGCAGGUUAAACAAAUAUUAUAUAUAUAUAUAAAUAUAUACAUAUAUUCACACAUAUGUACAUAUAAUGUGCACAUCAAAAAUGUUCUUACCUUCUAUGCUGUCAGAUAUACAGAGAUAAAUGUUAAAAAGGGUCUUAAAUCUCUUUAAGCAAGAUUUACACCGUUUUAUGUUGAAAAAAAAUUUUCUCAAAUAAGUUAAUGUUUUGUUUUGUCUUUUAAGUUAUAAACUUUAAAAAAAAUAUUAAGUUAAGGAUGCAGGGGGAGACAUAACGGAGCCAUGUGCAUGGUGUAUGUGUUUCUGCCUAACAGAAUACUCAUAAGGAAACAAGAGAACAUAUAUAGUACCCUGUUUGUUUAAAGCCCAGGCAUAGGUACCAAGCCCUCCUUCCCACCAAGUCCCAGGCAUGCAUUCCAAGGCUCACUUGCUCCUCAGUUGACUUUUGGGUCAGACCUUGCUUUUCAGCCACCUCACCAGCACUCUCUACCUACAACCAAUGAAAGGGUUUCUUCAUAAUAGCCCCCUGAAAACAGGAGCAUCCCACUGUGCUUAGAACUGUAAGCUUCAUACCCAUUUGAGUGUUCUGACCCUUAGCAGUUAUUUUACAGUCUUAUCUCUUCCCUCCAAGUCAAGGUCACAAUUACUUACUAAGAAGGUUAUUGAUUUCUGCAGCAAUACCCUGUAUUGAGUGAGGGGAGGAAUGUAAACAUAGAUCUUUAAAUGUUUAUUGCUUAGCAAUGUUUCCAUCAUUCUUCAAAAACCUUCAGGAGCACCACAGAAAACCUAGUCUAAUUAUUAGUCUCAGUGGCCUGCAGUAUGUAAUGUGGGUAAUGUCGUGCUUUAAGGUUGAGAAGGUCUUCAAGUGCUGAUUGCAGAUUACAGAGAGCUGGUCAAAUAAGUGUAUUGAUGAAUAAAGUAUAAUUUAACAUUGUGGGACCUUCUUAGAGAGCCUGUCUGCGUUGCAAGAUUGAAUAUCCAAAACAUUUGGACAUAUUAUAAAUCGUGUGUGUUAUCAUAAUUGAAAAGAUAAAAGUAAAAUUAUAACAAUAGUAAGAGAAUUAGAGAUUGAAAGUUCAGCAUCGUUGCCAGAUAUUAAAUCUUAGAUUAUCCUUUGAGCCUACUCAUCUUUUUAGCCUAUCAGAAAUAUUAUUCUGAGCUGGGGUGUAGCCCAGGUGACAGAAUGCCAGCCUAGCAUACAAGAGGCCCUGGGUUCAAAUCCCCGGCACAGCAUGAACUAGGAUGGUGGCACAGAGGCCUGCAAUCCCAGCACUCCAGGGAUGGGAGUAGGAAGAUCAGGAGCUCCAGGUCAUCCUCUGCCUCAGACGUUUCCUGGCCUGAGCUACUUGAGACCCUGUCUCAAAAUGGUAACAAAAUAUUUUUUGAAUAUUUUUAGAGAAUGUUGCAAUCCUGUGACAUUUAUUUUUAAUUUUUUGAGUAUAGAAGAGAACAACAGCAGGUAUUUUCCAUGGUGUUUCUUUACCUCAAAUAGGUUUCUUUACCCUGAACAAAAGUCGUUUUGUUUUGCUGCGAGGAAAUGUGUGAUUUUUAAAAAGCUGAUGGGUUAAAAUAGCUGCAUCUUGUGAUCCCUGUUUUUGUCAGCACAUUCUAGGGUGAGACUAGCCCAGGGUUGGGGAAAUUUGGUGUUCAGGUGAAGUGCUUGCAAAGCUUUUAUCCAGGUGAGGGGGACCUGACCAUUAACAAGGGUAACUUCAUAGGACCAGAGAAGGGGCUUCCUAUUUCCCUCCAGCAUUACUGGAGCAAUAAAACCAGAACAGCAAAAGGUCACAUUCCCAUGAGAAUCACAUCUCUUCAGCAUCUGUUCCCUAUGUGCUGUUUGGCCUGGGCACUCCUGCUUGGCGUGGAAAGUGAGGUGGUUGUGCUGCUCUAGUUUUUCUUGCUUUUUCACCUAGUAUCAGUGUUCUCACUGGUCUGCUUCCAUCCUCUGCCAUGGUGUUGGACAGCAAAGAAAAUGUGAGCAUUUCUAAGACUGAGUAAACAGUGAGUGUACACACUGGGGCUGAGCAUGAUGUCAGAAGCAGUUUGUCCUUUCCUACUGCACCUGUGGCUUUUGUCUGGGUUGGCAGCUCUCCAGAGCCCCAGUGUGUAUCCUCAGGUACAGCCCUGAGGCAGCAGGGGAGUUUGUUUUUGUUGUUGUUGUUAUUGUAAUUUUAAGUCCCAGAGGACACCUGCCAACAAGUGGGUGUAUGUUAGCGUUUGCUUGGAUUCCACCCAGAUUCCUCCAGGUACAGUUCCCGAGAAGGCCUGUUAAGGGACUGAGCUGGGGAAAGCAGCCCUCCUCAGGAUUAUGCUGUCUCCUCAUUCAGGAGACUGACUAAGCCCCAGGCUGGACCAUCAACUAGCCAUGGCGCUGCAAACUCAGCAACUCCAGAGCCCAGGCCUCAGCUUUACUUCAUUUUUACCCACUUUGGGGGCCACCUUCUGCUACAAAUUGAGCAGAUUCAAGGGACAUUCUGCUCUGUAUUCCUUGGCUUUUUCAAGUCAGUUAAAAAGUUAACCUUUCCACCCCACACCUGGGAUACCUUUCUGCAUUAUUAUUAUUAUUAUUACUAUUUUGCAGGACUUACACUUUUUUGGUUUACUUUGGUUUUUCGAGAUGGGGUUUCUCUGUAGCCCCGGCUGUCCUGAAUUUACUUUGUAGACCAGGCUAGCCUCAAACUCACAGAGAUCCACCUGUCUCUGCCUCCCUGAGAGCUGGGAUUACAGGCAUGUGCCACCUUACCUGUUCCAUGUUUGUUUCUUAAAAGCAAAUAAUGUUGAAUUUUUAAGUUCUUUUUGUUGUUGUUUUUGUGUUUUUGAUACAGGGUUUCUCUGUGUAGCCUUGGCUGUCCAGAUUCACUUUGUAGACCAGGCUGGCCUCAGAUUCACAGAGAGCCACCUGGAAGUUUCAAGUUCUUAAGUACAAGCUCAUUUUAUAUUUUAAUACUUGUUAUUGUUCUAGGGCAUUCUCUUGUCACUGACCCCUCUAGAAAAGCUCUUGAGCUUUGAAAAGACCAGGGUGAUAAAAAUUUGCAUAAGAAAGAAUAAAUUUCUUUCAGAAAGAUCCUGAGGAAGCUACAUGAUCCAGUGGUCUUGGUUGCUCAGAAGUUCAAACAAACCAGUAGAGUUGCAUCCCCUGGCUCCUCCUAAGAUAUAUAUAUAUAUGGAAAGGAGCUCCUGAGACAACAUGUGGGUGCUUACAGAAACACAGCUCUUAGGGCAGCCCUCUAAAAAAACAAUGUUCAUCCAGUUUAUACAGUAAUUCCCAGACUUUCGUGAGGUGUUUUUGUUUUGUUUUGUUUUGUUAGCUUUAGAUUUUAUAACAUUCUAUUCUCUUUGAAAUGUACUAUAUGUGUUAUAUGUAUAUAUAAGUUAAAGUGACUUGAACUCGGUUUGGCACAGGCUUGAGAACUAGCAUCAUUGUCGGUAGUGCAGAGCAUAUAGAGCUGCUGGUGAUGGUCACCAUCUAAGAACGCAUUACAGAACAUAGUUAACUCGGCAGUUAACGCUCAGAUGCCUGAGCAACAGCCCAGCUGGCCGUGGUGAAUGCAGCAAGCCACCCAAGGAGAGGACAGGGGACCUGUGACCCCGUGUUUCAGCACAGAUUUUACUUUUCUACUCUGUUAUCUUUUAUCAGAUGCCCUCAUUAUUCCCUAAAAAGUCUUGGAAAUGAAAACCAGACUGAACUGUUGGUGCAGUGACAUUUCCACAGCUGUGUUUUAGGGGUCGCCAUCCUCUGUGUGUGGUGCAAGUGUUUAAAUAUAAAUAACAUGGAUAUGUCAUUUCCAAACCCACAAGGGGAAAAUUACCAUUUUCCAGUUUACUAAAAGGUUAAAUGCUAGUUAACUCAAUGACCACUAUCUGCAGAGAAGCUAAAACAAGUAGCAAACGUUGGGUGUGACUGGUGCUUGGAUAUUUCUUAGCUGUAUUAGAUUAACUCAAACAAACAGCAGCAUACUUACCUGGGUCACAACUGGGAGGAAUUUAUCUUCCAAAUUUAAUUUUAUUUUUCAUCUCCAGGGCCUUAAUAAGAGUGUGUUAAUACACAUGACUAUUUUACAGAUAGUUCAAAAUAAUUUAUUUUUUAUUUCAAGAAAGAGAAAUUCACCUUAGAAGAACAAAACCCAAGAUUUGAUUUUAUUUUUAAAGCCAUAUUUUUGUGCUUUGUAGCACUUAGAUUGUUCCAUAUGUGAUCCAUAUCUGCAUUUCAUUACCUGGGUUCUAAAAAAGAUUUAUUUUUGUUCUGUGAAUAAUUUUUGACAGUUCUUGUACAUGUACAGAUACAGAUACUGUUUGAGGUCUUUUAUUGAUAUUCCUACAAAAAUUCAAAUAAACUUUAACUUUAAACAUUU